GGCGCUCCCUCCCCUGGUCCUCCCCGGGGGUCUGAUGGCAGGAUGGCGGAGGCAGGGGGACCGGAGUCUGCCGCGGUCCGGUGCCCAGACGAGUCAUCGGACAGCGAGCCGGAGCAGGAGCCCGGAACCCCGCAGAAACUCAUCCGAAAAGUGUCCACUUCCGGCCAGAUCCGCAGCAAGACGGUGCUGAAGGAAGGGAAUCUGAUGAAACAGACCAACUCGUUCCAACGCUGGAAGAGACGAUACUUCAAACUGAGAGGGAGGACUCUGUACUACGCUCAGACCGCCAAGUCCAUAAUCUUUGAUGAAGUGGAUCUGACUGACGCCAGCGUGGCCGAGUCCAGCACCAAGAACGUCAACAACAGCUUCACUGUGAGUGUGUUCAGAACCAGGACCACCCUGGACCCUGAUGUGGAAUCAGCUGGUCCAUAAAGAGGUUUUGGUAUUUAGUGCUAUAAAAAGAGUCAAACAUUGAGGAGCUGUUAGUUUCUGAAUAUUAAUAAUAUUAAUAAUAAUAAUGCAGUGCACAGUCACUCACCUUUAUCAUCAGGGAAAAUACUACCAUUACAUAGAACACUGGUUCCCAACUUGAAGGUCGGGGCCCCCGCUAGGGGUCGCCAGAGCUUUACGGGGGUCACCUGGCCUUCUUAAUUUAAGGGUUAUAUAAAUAUAUAUAUAUAAAUAUAUCUCAGUGUUUGUUCAUUUCUGUGAAUAACACUACAUCAAAUAGUUAUUUCUGGAUUAUUAUUAUUAUUUAGUAUCUAAAGUUUGAAGAAAACACAGACAAAUACAUAAUACAGACUAUUAUUAAUAACAAGUUCCUAUAAAUAUGAUUAAAACUUAUCUGAGGACAUUUACACAAAAGUCUUAUUGUUGUUAAUAUGAAAUAUAUUAUUAUUAUUAGUUAUAUGAAAUAUAAGUCACUUAAUCAGCUGAUUAAAAACAAUAAAUCUAUUUAUAUACAUGCAGGACAAUAAGUACGAUGAAGAUCUUCCUCAUGUCCUCCACAGUCUCAUUAUUUAAUGAUAUAUAAUAAUAAUAAUAAUAUUCUUAAACAGUCAAACUAAGAAGACCGUGAUUGACAAAAAUAACCUCUAUUUAUUUAUUUAUUUAUUUAUUAUUAACUUUUGAAAAUGAGAUUAGUGUGAGUGUGAGUGUGUGAGUG